GUAUUUUCUUGAACCAUGCGUAGCCAUGGUACUUAGGUAAAUAUUUGUUAGUGAUGAUUCACGGCUAUCCCGACUGCAGAAAGGAGGUAGACUGAAAUGAAGACUUAUAAAUGGGUUGUGGAACGUCCUCUGCAAACACUGCUGUAAUAGCUAAAUCUAACGGUAACCUGAAAGAUCAAAUAUCAACGAAAAAUAAUUCAGAAAAAAGUCCAGACAAGGAAAGAAAUCAAACAGAUCAAAUUCCAACUUUGAAUAAUCAGGAAUACGUUUCCACUGUUCCAGAUCUAACAAAUCAAGACAACGUUGGCACAGCUCAAAAAUCCAAUAUGUAUAGUCAAGUACAGGUUGAGGCGGACACUGAAGAUCAUGAUAAAAGUAAAAAUAGCCAGAUUUCAAGUCAAGAGAACCAGGAGAAGGACAAAGUAAAAGAUAUACCCAAAGAUGGGAUGAAUAAGUUAGCUGAGACAGAGAAAAGUACUGAAGAAGGGAUAAACACAAAAGAAGCCAAGGACAAAGAAAACGGUAAAAAGGCACCACCGACAGAGGAAGAAAUAAAGGAAAAAAUCAACAAGACUUUUGAGGAUGCCUUGCACACCUGGGAACCUUUAUCUGACCAAAGCCGCUUGGUCGAUGCAGAAACUGGGAAGUGCAGCGCAGCAUUUAGAAGAAUAUCCAACAACACUUUCUUGUAUCACUUUAGAAUGAAAGCUUUUUCCUUGAGUAUCCAGGAUGAGUUUAAAAGUGAUUAUUAUCGACUCAUGGUGACUGAGAAUGUAGUACCAAAAUUUUGUGACAUGGUGGUUUACAUACUUAAGCAUGGAUAUGAGGCGGAGGACGGCACGAUGGACGCGGAAAUGUUUAAACCAUUGUCAAAUACAUUUGGAUUACUGACUAAUUUUACAGACAACAAAAUAGAAAGGGCAGACAUUGUAGCAGAUCACCCCGAGUUCCUGAUGUGUCUCGCUGAAAACUUUAAGAAGUGGAUGAAUCCUUAUCUAGCAGGGGAUCAAAUAAGGGAAGACCAAAUUAGAGUCGCAAUCAGUAGCCCUUUGUCAAUCUUCCACAACAUAGCUAUGCAAGACAGAAACAUCAACAGAAUGCGUAGCCUAGGAUUUGUUGAUUUGUUGACACCGUUUGUGAGCUCACCAAAAGAGAAAACCCGUCUGUCAGCUGUGGCGACAUUGGCAGAUAUUGUAGAUGAAAAACAAAGUGAGAUAAUUAGAACAGAUGUAGGUGUAAUGAAAUUCAUCAAGAACAGUUUGGCACGAGCAAUGAAGGAAAAGUCUAGGAGGAUAUUUGGAUGGAGCCCACAGGAACUAGCUAGAACGGUGAGGAGAAUCGCACGGAAUGAUGCUAACAAGCGGGCUCUGGUGGAGCAAGGGAUACUUCCUCCUCUGGUCAAACUGGCAGAAAGUGAGGAUAUGGAGGAACAGAGAGAGGCUGUUGGUGCAAUGUGGACUUUGUCGUUUGACAAGGAAAACCAGAAAGACAUGAUUUUAGACACUGAAUGUAAACCGGUGGAUACAUUCAUACGCCUGAAGAACUCUCCUGAUAAAGAAGUGAGAAAAACCUGCAAUGGUGCCCUGUGGACUAUGCGAGAAAAUUUGGCCCAGUCUGAGAACUACAAAGAUAUACGUGAAAGAUAUACAUCUCCCCAGCCAAGUCCAGCUCAUGUCGCUACAGAACGCCGACAAGAAGUCAAAUCUGAAGGCCACAUAAUGAUCAGCUACCAGUGGGCUAACCAAGCUAUCUUAAAGAAGAUUCGGGAUAAUCUCCGUGCCAACGGAUUUAAAGUAUGGAUGGACAUUGACGACAUGGAAGGAUCAACACUUGAUGCAAUGGCGCGAGCUGUAGAAAAUGCGGAUGUUGUGCUUGUCUGUUACUCUCAAAAGUACAAAGACAGUGAUAACUGUAGAGCUGAGGCUGAGUAUGCUUUUCAAAAGAAGAAGAAAGUGAUUCCACUAAAAAUGGAGCUCAACUACAUACCGGAUGGCUGGCUGGGUUUCAUAUGUGGUGCCAAGCUUUUCUUUGAUUUCGGAGGAAAGUAUUCAUUUGAGUCCCGUGUUGAAGGUCUAGUGAAAGAACUUUGGUCGAAGAUGAGCAAGGAUGUUGUUGACGGAGUUGUCGUUCCUGAAUCAGCCACUGUUGUGUACAGUGCUCCUGUUGCCAAGGAGAAUGUAGCGGAGCCUGUGUAUAGUGCACCACCCCAUGGUGGUGUCAGUCAUGUCACCAUGACAACAGUGGAGUUGGUGAAAAAGUGGAAGGACCAAGAUGUGGACAAAUGGAUGGCAAAGCACAGUUUAUCUACGCAACAGGUGAAGAAGAUGACAGGUGUGGAAGUUGCCUUUCUUAUGUUACUGAAGACAGAGUCACCAGAUUUUUUCUAUAAGGUUCUUACAGACACACUGAAGAUCACAAAUCUCCUUACCAUUGCACAAUUACGGUUUGCUUUGGACGACGCAAAACUGUAAACAGUUUACGAACAAGCUGAAGGUGGGCAAACUAUGUUUACAUGGCCAGAAGUCUGUAUGCCAGAGUAAGACCUAGUAUAUAUACGUUUUCUAUUAUUUUCAUUUGAGAAUGUAACAGGUAUGACAAAAAGUGGAGAUGGCCCAUAUUUCUAUUAAAAAAGAUUCUUAAGGGCAAUUUUGGGUGUGAAGAUAAAAAUUGUGAAUAACAAAAGAUUGCGUAGAACAUCAUACUUCAACUCAAAAAUUCAUUAAACUUACGGGAAAACAAGAAAAUACCAUAAGUGUUACUGAUUUAAUAUUGCUUGAUAUUAUUAUUAUUGUCUCUUUGAUCUGUUUGCUCUUAAGUAAUCAUUUUAAAACCAAAUUUAUAUUUCACUUUUAACAGUUCACAUAUAUUUGUGUCUUUAAUUCAUUCUUGGGUAUGUACUGUGAACAUAACUUAUGUAGAAAAUGGGAGGAAAUCUGUAUAUUUUACAAAAUAAAUGCAUAUUGUAAGAAAAUGCACUAAUGUUUUCAUAGUAUGAGUGAAUCAUGUAUACAUAUAUAUACACAUAUAUUUCAAACUCAAGUACUUGAUUACUUGAAGUGGCCUGACUUCACAGUUUUAACAUGUACAGAACAAAAUAACACAAAGACAACACAGUAUUCACCAAGGUCUCUAUCAUCCGAUAAAUUAUUUCAAUCAAACAGUUAAAUCAAUUUAUGCAAGCUUGUAUACGUUACAAAAACAUUUCUUAAUGUGUUAC